GCGCACCGGUACUCCGAACCACGGGUGGGCGCUUUGCUCCAGCGGCGUGCUUCUUCUUCAGUCUUCUCUGUUAACGUAGCCCUGCGUUACUGUCUGGUAUUAUGGCAGCGGCUAACUGUAUUCUUUCUUUGGCCUCUUUGUGCCUUUCGGUUUUAUUGUCGUGUAUGUGGAACUUCUCUCUGGGAUCAGAAAUAAGUUUCGUCACUUGUGGCUCGGUCGUCAAGCUACUUAACGUGAAGCACAACGUAAGACUACAUUCUCACGAUGUGCGAUAUGGUUCCGGUAGUGGCCAGCAGUCAGUGACUGGAGUGACCACAGUAGAGGACAGCAACAGUUACUGGAGUGUCCGGGGCACUAUUGGAACAGCAUGUCAUCGAGGGACUCCUGUGAAAUGUGGGCAAAACAUAAGGCUCACACAUGUUAACACAGGUCGAAAUCUGCACAGUCACUACUUUGCAUCUCCACUGUCAUCCAACCAGGAGGUCAGUGCCUUUGGAGAGGAUGGCGAGGGUGACCAUCUUGAUGAGUGGACUGUACUUUGUGGAGGCUCUUUAUGGCAGCGUGAUGAGUCAGUGCGUUUCCGCCACACAGCCACAGAAGCUCUGCUCUCGGUAACGGGCGAGCAGUACGGCAGACCCAUCCAUGGCCAGAGAGAAGUACACGCCAUGACCAGCUCCAGCCAACACAGCUACUGGAAAGCCAUGGAGGGUAUUUUUAUGAAACCUAGUGAGACAGGACCCAGGGACUUCAGCAGCCCUCCACACACUGAGUUCUGAACGGUUUCUCUUCAGCAAGCCAUUGCUCCGACAGCUCAGUAUCUUUUUCAGUCGUUAAAGUUGUAUUUCCAUUCUAGAAAUAAUUUUGAUCUGUUGCUGAAUUUCCAUUCAUAAGAUUGUACCUCAUACCCGUUACACUUGAAAUACAAUGACUGCACUACAGUACGAAGAGAAGAUGGAUGCUCAUGGCAUAAUUGUUUUGUACCACAAAAGACCCCCCCCCCAGUGGAUUUGUAUUUAAAGGGUCCAUAUCAUGGAAAACACAAAUUGCCCAUCAUGUUUUUAAAAUAAAGAUGUUCAAAGCAAUAUCUAAACAUUGGUACAUUUUAAAAUUUUAACAUUGAUAUAUGGUUCAUAUCUGGAAGCUAUGCUACAAAAUAUGAGAACCAGCUGAUUUAUAUAUCCACCUAUUCAGUUACAUAUGUUUAGGCCCACCUAUUCAGUUCAUUAAAGUGAGUUAAUUAAACCUUAGUGCUUCUGAAUGGGUUGGAAUUAGAACAAUUUUUAAAAACUUAAAUCAGUAAUAAAUGCACAGUAACAAAAACGGCCUAUUCUAAGGGAUAAAAAGGGGUUGAUAUUGGUCAUGAAAAAAUGAAUUAUGACCAUUGUUUUAUGGAUAAAACUGAACAAAUGUUAUAAAUGGACCUCAGGGAAAAAUAAAAUAAAAAGUAGGAUAUGGGCCCUUUAAUUCUUCAAAAGCUUAGUAAUCUGUUAAUUACAGGUUAUAUCAACAGCAGUAACUAGCACAGUAGGUAAUUAGGUUCUAAGAUACCUUAGAAAAAGUUUUUAAAUUAAAUAUUUCUGCAAAAGCACUGCCAUCUCUUUGCUCUCCACAUGUCAGGCAGUGUAUCUUUUGCUGCUUGGAGUUUGGUUAAUGAACACUGCCUUCAUGUAUAACAGGAACACCAGAAUGACUGGGUUAUGUUAAACAUGCAGUAUUAUUUGUAUGUUUGUGAUACUACAUUAACCUUCUUGAUGAAUGGUUUGCUGUAGUUGACAAAGAUGUCUGACAUUUAAGGUGUUUAAGUGAUUAAGUGAUUACUGGAUGAAAGCAGUGUCCAGGUCCAGGUAAUGUUACACCAGCUCACCCAUCAGUAUUCCAGUUCUCCUCUAUUUGGCCAUAAUCCCUUUCUUCUUUAUACAAACCAUACAAAUAAAUCAGUUAUGCAUCCAACAACAGAGGUGUUUGGUUCAAUUCACAUGAACAUAGAUCUGCUUUCACUUCCCAAGUCUAGACAAAAAAUAAACAAACAAACAAAAACCUUUUUUCUUGUGCCUCUAAA